AUGACAAUCAUAAAUGAUGAGAUAAAAUACUCUUACACAAAAAGCAUAUAUAAGUUUCCGAUUUUCAAGAAGUCAAUAGAAUAAUGUAUGCGCAUUCAAAGGAGUUUAAAUUUUGAAGUUGCUAAUAAAUUAUAUUAAGUUCACCUGCUGUCUUUAAUGUCGCAAAAUCAAGUUGGAGAUACAAAUUUAAGCAUUAUUUUGGAAUAGUAUCAUUUAUUAGUUAUUCUUACAAUAAUCCUUUUAACACUCAAAACAAUACUAUUGAGUAAUAACUAGUCUACUAUAAGAUAAUGGAAAUUGUAGGUAUUCCAAUCGAUAAAUGAGAAUGCUUAUACUUUAAUAUCAACUAAGGAGGUGAAAAAAUCUCAAGUUUGCUUAAAAUAUGUCAGAAUUUUAGAGCCAUAGGAAUAACAGGAAUUUUGUGUAUAUAUUUUUAAACCAAGUUUAAAAAACAAAACAUAUUCAUUUCAGUCAGCACUUAAAUUUAAAGUAUAAAUUCAGAAUUUUACUAUUUCAAUGUUAUAUCUGGUUGUGGUUAAAUUAAUGAGAUACAAAUGA